GGCGCUGGCAGCCGAGGAGAGCAAGCCCGGCAGCUGGUCAUCGACCUGGAGACUCGAGGGAAACAGGCUUUUCCAGUAUUCCUCUCGAUCCUGCGGGACACCGGGCAGGGCAACCUCGCGGAUAUGCUGAUGAAGGAGUGCGAAUGCCCGCCAGUGCCACCGCAGCUGGGAGACCUGAGGCCUGUCGAGCUGGAGUUCCGUGGAGAAAAGCACAGUACAAAAUUGAACUUCCCUGAACGUGUGUCCAACCCAGUCCAUGGUGUGAGUGAAAAACCUCGAACACCUGCAGCGCCAGCCCGGGGUUCAGCUGCUGACAAGAGGAACCCAGCUGGGUGGUGCUCUGUUCUGAAAGCGGACCCGUGUGGACACUGCCUGAUCCUCAACAACGUUAACUUCAGCAGACACUCAGAUCUGUCGACUCGAGUGGGCUCCGACGUGGACUGCGAGAAGCUGGAGAAGCGCUUCAAGGCCUUGCGCUUCAACGUCCUGACCCGGCGGAAUCUUGAAGCCCAGGAAAUGGUCGUGGAGCUUCAGAGCCUGGCGCGGCAGGACCAUGGCACCUCAGACUGCUGCAUCGUGGUGAUCCUUUCCCACGGUUGUCAGACAAGCCAUAUUCAGUUUCCCGGCGCCGUCUAUGGAACGGAUGGAAAACCCAUUCCGAUAGAAAAGAUUGUGAACUAUUUCAAUGGGUCCCAUUGCCCGAGUUUGAGAGGAAAACCCAAACUCUUCUUCAUCCAGGCCUGUGGUGGAGAACAAAGAGACCGAGGCUUUGUUGUGGAUUGUAAUUCACCUGGUGACGAAGCUCCCAGAGGUUCUCUGGAGUCGGAUGCCAGACCUUUUCAGCCUCCAGCCGGCAAUGGGGAUGAGCCGGACGCCGUAGCCAGUUUGCCUACGCCCAGCGACAUCUUGGUUUCCUACUCCACUUUCCCAGGUUUUGUGUCCUGGAGGGAGGCGUCGACUGGCUCCUGGUACGUGGAAACGCUGGACAGCAUGCUGGAGCAGUAUGCCUGUUCGGAAGAUCUGCUGAGCAUGCUGCUGCGGGUGGCAAACGCCGUCUCUGCCAAGGGGAGGUACAAGCAGAUCCCUGGCUGUUUCAACUUUCUGCGGAAAAAAUUCUUCUUCGCCUGCAAAUGA